AUGGCGAGCCCGGGCGCGCGGUCCGGCGCGCGGGGCGCGCGGCUUUGGACCAAGACGAUGGAAGUCGACCCCGUACGCCACUUGAAGCUCUCGCUCAUCGAGGAUCCCACGGAAGACGUGGAUGGUGACGCGUGGUGUGCGUGGUGCUUGUGGCCUGCUGCCAAGGUGUUGAUGGCAUACUUGGCCACCUUAGAGGACCAAGAGCUGAAAGAGAAGUCGUCUCCGGUCGCUGGGGAGCCGGAAUUCGGAUCGACUCCGGGAGUCCCCUUGCCAACAGCUGAGAGGAGUGUUUUAGAGCUGGGAGCUGGCUGUGGUGCCGUGGGCAUGUACGCAGCACUGCGAGGAGCAAUGCCGGUGGUUCUGACAGAUGUGGAGAGUGCAUUGCCGCUUUUGAGGCGGAAUUUAGCACAAAACUGCUUGGGCAGUCGAUGCUGCACUUGCCCCUUGUUUUGGGGCACUCCCCUCCACCGGCUGGCAGAGCCUUUGCAGCAGAACACGCCCUUCGACUGGGCGCUGGCGGCCGAUUGCAGCUAUGACUUUGUGAGUCCCGAGAUUCCCAGCUCCAUCGACGCGUUGCUGUGCUCUGCGCAGCUGGCCAAGCGUGCGCUGAUUUGCGUAUCUCGCAGGCGGAAUGAGGUGGAGGCCUUUCUGGCCUCGGUCGAGCGUGCGGGAAUUCAAGCUGAAGUGGUCCAUUCGCAGCGGGUGGACGAGGCCAAAGAGGGGGCCCAGGUUCUUGUGCCAAAACUCCUGGAGCCGGUGUGCUUGGUGCGGGCAUGGAUGGGGCAGGCUUGGGAGCUGGAGCUGAGGGUGGUGCAGGAGUAG